CCACGCUACUCCCAGCCAUCGUGCUCCCAGCAUGGCAAAGCUUCAAAGCAGUCAGCUUUCGUACCAGGGCUGUAAUUUCUUCAGACAGCGUCUCAUAUUGUCCACGCUCAGUUGUAGACCCGUAGAAAUAAAGAACAUAAGGAGCAACGACGAAGAACCGGGUCUUAGAGAUUUUGAAGUCAACUUUCUGAAAUUGCUGGACAGUGCAACGAACGGCACGGUGAUCGAAGUAAACGAAACAGGCACAUCCUUAUUGUACAAGCCGGGAUUACUGUCUGGCGGCAAAUUUGAGCACCAGUGCAGCACAGAUCGUUCCAUCGGUUACUACCUGGAAUGUCUGAUUGCCCUGGCACCGUUCUGCAAGAAACCUUUUGACGUCACCCUCCGAGGAGUGACGAAUAACGCGACGGAUCCAUCCGUGGACUCGGUGAAACACUCCAGCUUUCCGGUGUUUGGACGGUUCAUGUUCACGGAAGGGCUGGACCUCGAGAUCGUCGGCCGUGGAGUGCCUCCUUUAGGGGGAGGGGAAGUUCGUUUCAGAGCUCCCAUCUGUCGAGCUUUGCGCCCCGUUCAAUUGCUCAAAGUUGGAAAGGUGAAGCGCGUGCGUGGAUGGGCAUAUGCCGUGCGUGUGUCUCCUGCCAUGGCCUCUCGCAUAGUGGAGGCUGCAAAGGGUGUCCUCCUGGAUUUCCUGCCAGACGUCUACAUCUACGCGGACCACCAUAAGGGGAAACGCUCGGGAAAUUCUCCAGGUUUCGGAGUAUGCCUGGUAGCAGAAACGACCGAAGGGGCCUUCCUGUGUGCUGAGGCAGCAUCAGAUGGUCCUAGCGUCCCCGAAGACAUUGGGGUCCAAGGAGCCCGUGCCCUACUCAGGGAGAUCUACAAGGGUGGUUGCGUGGAUUCGACCAAUCAGAGCCUGGCCUGCCUAUUCAUGGCCCUGGGGCCGGCCGACGUUUCCAAGUGCCUGAUGGGGCCUCCAACACCGUACACGAUCCAGUUCCUGCGGCACUUGCGAGACUUCUUCAACGUCACAUUCAAGGUUGAACGUCAAGAGGACAAAGUGAAGCUCACCUGCGUGGGCACCGGGUUCAUCAACCUCAGCAAGACGACUACGUAGCCACAUAAAAAGCAACACCAUUUUA